AUGCGCUUCCAGGUUCUCGAGAAGCUCUCAGGAAAUCAGGAGCUCGAGCAGAGACUCCAGAACGCCCUUAGAUUGUACGACGAGCACAUGGGCCAACUCACCCCGGCUGCCAGGAGCUUUGUCGCAAAGCUAUUCCUCCGCGAUCCGAAGGACCAGAUGGAAAAGGAGAAAAUUCCUGACAGCAUCGGGAGUGACUACAAAAGCCUGUCUGACGAGGAUCGCAGCUCUAUCAGUCAACAUGCCAGUUUUAUCGAGAGAUUGGUGAAUGAUAAACACCUGCUGCGAGAGCUGACCGAUAGUUACGACCAAUUUUAU